AUGAAUUACACUAAACUGGCUCCGUCCUGUCAUCGAAAGCUGAAAUCUACUCUAAAGGAGAAAUUUCAGAAAAUUAAUGAAGGAAUCUCAAAUGCUGGAACCUCAACCCUUCUGAAUGAGAUCUACACAGAGCUGUACAUCACAGAGGGAGGGAGUGGAGAGGUCAAUAAUGAACAUGAGGUCAGACAGAUUGAAGCAGCAUCCAGGAGACCAGCAACACAGGAGACACCCAUCAAAUGUAACGACCUCUUUAAAGACCAGUCCAUCAGAACUGUGCUGACUAAAGGAGUUGCUGGAAUUGGAAAAACAGUCUCUGUGCAGAAGUUCAUUCUGGACUGGACUGAAGGAAAAGCCAAUCAGGAUGUUCUCUUCAUAUUUCCACUUCCUUUUAGAGAACUGAAUCUGAUGAAAACCGAAAAUCUCAGUCUGGUGGAUCUUCUUUAUCAGUUUUUUAAAGAUACAAAAUACUUAAAACCAGGAGAUUAUCAUCGUUACAAAUUCAUGUUUAUCUUUGAUGGUCUGGAUGAAUGUCGACUUCCUCUAGAUUUCCAGAACAAUGAGAGAGUAUCUGAUGUAACACAGUCAGCCUCAGUGGAUGUGCUGCUGACAAACCUCAUCCAGGGGAACCUGCUUCCCUCUGCUCUCCUAUGGAUAACUACUCGACCAGCAGCAGCCAAUCAGAUCCCUCCUGACUGUAUUGAUCAGGUAACAGAGGUACGGGGGUUCAGUGACCCUCAGAAAGAGGAAUACUUCAGGAAAAGGAUCAGAGAUCAGAGCCUUGCUGAAAGAAUCAUUACACACAUGAAGUCCUCCAGAAGCCUCUACAUCAUGUGCCACAUCCCAGUCUUCUGCUGGAUCUCAGCCACUGUUCUAGAGAGGAUGUUGGGUGAAGCAGAGGGAGGAGAGAUCCCCAAGACUCUGACUCAAAUGUUCACACACUUCCUUAUCUUUCAGAUCAAACACCGCAGCCAGAAGUACCAAAGAAAAAGUGAUGUUGAUCUUGACCAGACUAGAGAGAUUAUUCUGGCUCUGGGAAAACUGGCAUUCCAACAGCUGGAAAAAGGAAACCUGAUCUUCUAUGAGGAAGAUCUGAGAGAGUGCAGCAUUGAUGUCAGAGAAGUGUCCAUGUACUCAGGAGUGUGCACCCAGAUCUUCAGACAGGAGUCUGGACUUCACCUGGGGAAGGUUUUCAGCUUUGUGCAUCUGAGUGUUCAGGAGUUUCUGGCUGCUUUAUAUGCGUUUAUGUCCUUCAUCUCCAACAACAGAAAUGUGCUGCAACAGAAACACAGUGGAUUAUUUGGUUUCUCCAAAAAAGGAACAAUGUCUGACUUCCUGAAGAGAGCCGUGGACAAGGCCUUACAGAGUGAGAACGGACACCUGGACCUUUUCCUCCGAUUCCUUCUGGGUCUCUCACUGGAGUCCAAUCAGACUCUCUUACGAGGUCUUCUGAUACAGACAGAGAACAUCUCUCACAGUAAAGAGGAAGUAGUGAAGUACAUCAAGCAGAAGAUCAGGGAGAAUCCCUCUCCAGAGAAAACUAUCAGUCUGUUCCACUGUCUGAAUGAACUGAAUGAUCAUUCUCUAGUGCAGGAAGUCCAGAAAUACCUGAACAGAGGAGGUUCCAGUGAUCUCAGUGGGGUUACUCUCUCUCCUGAUCAGUGGUCAGCUGUGGCGUUUGUGAUGGUGAAUUCAGAAGAGGAGCUGGAUGAGUUUGACCUGAGGAAAUUUGACACAUCAGAAGAAUGUCUUCUGAGGCUGCUGCCAGUGGUGAAAGCAUCCAGAAAGAUUAUGCUGGAUUGGUGUAAUCUAUCAGAUAAAAGCUGUGCAGAUCUGGCCUCAGCUCUCAGCUCAAACUCCUCAACUCUGAGAGAACUGAACCUGAGUAAUAAUAAACUGCAGGAUUCAGGAGUGAAGCUGCUCUCUGCUGGACUGAAGAAUCCACACUGUAAACUGGAGAAACUGUGGCUGUAUGGGUGUAAUCUAUCAGAUAAAAGCUGUGCAGAUCUGGCCUCAGUUCUCAGCUCAAACUCCUCAACUCUGAGAGAACUGAACAUGAGUUAUAAUAAACUGCAGGAUUCAGGAGUGAAGCUGCUCUCUGCUGGACUGAAGAAUCCACACUGUAAACUGGAGACACUGUGGCUGAUCAACUGCAGUAUUACAGAAGAAGGCUGUGCUGCUUUAGCUUCAGCUCUGAAAUCAAACCCCUCACACCUGAGAGAGCUGAAUCUGAGCCUCAAUAAUCCAGGAGAGUCAGGAGAGAAGCUGCUCUCUGAUCUACAGAAGGAUCCUCACUUUAAACUGGAAAAACUAGAGUGA